GCAAAGGGCACAAAAUGAGUAACUGUCCUUUUUCUUGUCGACGGUUGCUGAAGUACAGCGCGUGAGCUGCCAACACACAUUCCCAUUUUCUGCACAGCAUGAAAGCAUGGAGCCUAGCCUCUUCAUGAAUAUCUUCUCAAAACGGUGCCGGGAUCGGCGAGCCUAAACCCAUUCGCUGAACAAUUUCAUCUCAUCCAAACCGAAAAUGGGCUCAUCUGAUUCUGAAGGCUCGAUAUCUUCCAGCUUGCCCAUUCCAAAACUGAUAAAACGCAUUAAACACUCGUUCCUCGAACGAGACUUUAUUGCUGUCCGAAACAUAUUAAAGGACAGGGAGAGGGGCAUGAAGGUGGAGAUUGAAAGUCUAAGCCGAGAACGCGACUCCGCUAGAGAAGAGGCCUCGUUGCUGGAGGGAAAAGUGGCCUUAGGGGAGCUUGAGCGUUUGAAGCUCGAGCAUAAAUUGGUUCAGAUUGAAAAGAAAUGUAGGGAUAUGGAAAAUACUGUGUCCUGUUUGCGUGAGGAGAAGCAGUUGAUAGUUGAGUUGAACGAUAAAGUUGAUGGGUUGACGAAGGAAAAGUUGGAAAGUGAAAAGCUGGCGAGAGUGUAUCGGGAUAAAUGUGAUUGUUUGGAAACAAAGGCUGUGGAAAUGAAGCAAGCGAUGGAUGAUUUGGGGCAUGAGAGAUUGGGUGCGAUCGGGACUAUUGAAGAUUUACGGAGAAAAUUGGCUAAGACUGAAAAGGCCUUGGAUGAACUGAAAAGGCCGAAUGUUGAGGCUAAGCGGAUGGUGGGAGAGAUGAUGAUGAAAAAUUUGGAGUCAGAGAAGGAGGCUGAAUUUCAUAGACGGAGGCUCGAUAGUUUGGUGCCAAGGAUCACGAAGAUCGAGGAGUAUCUUGCCGGUAUGUUGAACGUGAAUGUGGAGGAUCUUGCUGAUAUAGCUGGUAAUGGAAACUUGUCCCAUUUUUUCACAAGAGAGGAUUUUGAUCAUACAGUUGAAACUUGUCCCAGUUCACGAUCACGUUGCAAUUCUCCUCAAGUAGAAAGUAAUGAACGUGAACCGCCACCUCGUUCAGGGGAAGGGCACUCUCGUAAACUUGCAAGUUCACCCUCUGCCACUGGAGAUAAACUCAAGAUAACCGGUAUAAGUAAUUCAUCAAAUCCGAACCUAGCAGCCCCUGUUUCGAGUGGAGGCAUACGUAAGGACUUGUCUGAAAACGAGAUGAAUUGUGAGGAGAAAUUUGUUAAGAGCCCAUGUUCGAGGGAUGUUCUUCUCGAAAAGUCAAACAAAAGGGCAAGAAGUGCGCUCAUGGGUCACAAGAAAACUAAUGAACCGAGCGACACUCAGUUUUCUCUUUGGAUAUUUAAUGGCUCGAGUGGCGACGAAGAUUCUACCGACUCAGAUGAAUCGUGCUCGGAUUCCAGGAUAGAUGAACUUGUUGCAAGUCUUAGGCAUGCAAACUCUACAGAAAACUGAAAUGCAACAUGAGCUAUUUAUAGAAAGUUCUUUU